AUGGCUGGACCUUUAUCAUCUGCCGUAGCCACCACGACUACUGAGCCUCCUACCACACCCAGUGUGUGCCAGAACAACCCUUGUGGAAAUUGGGGUACCUGUGUGGAUCAGCCAGACGACUAUCCCUACUACCGGUGCGACUGCAUCCCACCGUGGUAUGGCAGCAACUGCGAAUAUUAUGCCACUGAAACUACCACUGAGCCUCCUACCACUCCCAGUGUGUGCCAGAACAACCCUUGUGGAAAUUGGGGUACCUGUGUGGAUCAGCCAUACGACUACCCCUACUACCGGUGCGACUGCAUGCCACCGUGGUAUGGCAGCAACUGCGAAUCUUACGCCACCACGACUACUGGGCAGCUUCUGCACACAUUCUGUAAAUUAUUGGACUUCAUUAUCAAUGCGUGCAUCAUUGUGUGA